UUGUUGAACUUUACUAAACCUUGGGCCUGUGAACAAAAUUUUUUCCCAAAUCCCUCCCGUUAAAAACUCCCCUACGCCUUCAAGUUUCUUUUCUAACUUGUGAAAUCCUAGACGGUGGCAGAGUGCUCAACUAACAUGAUCCUCUCCUAACAACAGAAGUUUCUCAAUUUGAAUUAUCUGCCUGCCAACCAUGGAGCUUUAUAAUUGUUCCGUUUUUCUGUCCAGGUGUAGGUAGCACGCAUCUUCAUAGACAUGUGACAUGUCUAUUUUACUGAGCCUCUCUCUGGUAUAGUACUAGAUCGUUACCCCUUUAAUGGGGUCGGAACUUACCCGACAAGGAAUUGCGCUACCUUAGGACCUUUAUAGUUUAUGGCCACCGUUCACUGGGGGUCAGUUGCCGGCUCCCAUGUCGUCAGGCAAAAGUGGGCAUUUCUUGGAAGCCAUGUUGAGGGGAAUUGGUCACAACAUUUUGAGCAAAAUAUUAUCAACAGAUCCAGGUCACAUUGGCUUAACGAAAUCCACAAAAGUCUGCUCUUAGAUAAUCAGGUCCUUUUUUAACUACUUGGUUUCUUUUGAUGUCUGUUCGAUCCCUGCAUUCUUCACCAUGUUUGCCCAUAGUAUACAGGUGUUUGGGAGUGCCACCAAUAAUGGAGCCACCCUAUCGAAGACAGCUCAUGAAUAUCCACCUACGCUUUCUGGUUCUUCCCUAAAAUUGGACACCAUCACAAGCAGCUUUGUUACCGUAAGUGACAAUGGCUGCUUUUUGAGCCAUGCGUGCAGUGCUUUUUCUUAGAUUCUAAUGCAUUUACCAAUUAUGAUCCAUCACUGACGCCACUACCUUCCAUAAAAAGAUUGAUAUAUAAGGGACUGGCCUUUCCUUGCUCAAAAAGCCUCGACACAGAGAGAUUAUUAACAUGAAGCCAUCCACCAUACUUAGAGCCCUCUCAUUUUGGAUUCCGUCGAGGCUAUCUGCUUCUCUGGCUACAGUCGAUCCUUUGUAUUAGAACCAGAGCUCGAUGCUAUUCACUUCAGUCGCAAGAUUUUGGGAUAAAUGGUGUUUCACAGACAGAAUUUAGUAGUCCUACUGGGCUUAUGGAAGCCCAAGAGCUUUCAUGUAGAGACAAACAUAAAGCCCAAUAUAUGAGAGGACGGCCCAAAGAGCAAAAAGGCCCAAAAAGAGUACCCACAAAAUCAUUGGUCCGUCAGUUAUCUCUGUCACAGACAGGUUAAACAACGAGCACAGCAUUUUAUUCUUCCAUUUUAAAGGGUUUUUGCAACAAAAAACCCAGAUUCCCUCCUACCAGAACAAGAAUCCUAAACCCUAGUAAUCUCUGAUCAUAAGUAAAUCAAUCCGGAAGCAAAGAAAAAGACGAACAAGAAGAAGAAGAAGAAUAUCGCGGAACGACGGUUGGAACUAAAAGAUAUCAAUUGUUGAUAUAUAUUGAGAGUCUGAGACUUAGAAGAUGUCUGUUGAUCCUAGCGCACCAAUGAAUUAUGUGGAUGAUGAUGCCUCUUCGGGUUCUGGGGAUGAUGUUAACUUGUUAGAGGGACACAACAAGCGUCAGUCAGUUACACCAUCAAGUUCUGGUCGUCGUAAGAGAAGUCGGAAGGCUACCGGAGAUGCAAUUGUGGAUGCCAUGCUUGAAAUAGCAUCUGCAUCAAAGAUGAGAGCAUCUGCUAUCAUGAAGAGUGAGGACAGAUUUUCUAUAAGCAAAUGCAUAAAAGUGUUGGAUGAGAUAAAAGGUGUUGACCAGCGGGUUUACUUUUUUGCCUUGGAUUUAUUUGAAAGCCCCAAUGCCAGAGAAACAUUUAUAUCACUUAAGAGUGAGAAACGGUUGUUAUGGUUGCAGAGGAAGUGCAAUGCUUCAUCUAGUUGAUAGUUGAUCAUGUUAGUCUUAGUUCAGUAGCUUUUGGUCAUGGUUUAUACAAUCAUUAUCUUGAGUUUGUAAUGAAUUUGAAAUCUUGGUCUAACCAAUAUGUUGAUGAGCUUAAAUGGAAUACAGUAAUGAUUUUGUUUCUCACUUAGUUGUUUGUGUUUGAAGUCUAUAUGAUGUUACUAGAAUGCUUUACGUGCUAUUAAGUUGGUCUAUCUUUGAGUAGUUGUAAUGUGUGAUAUAUACUUUAUUUCAAUUCUAUUUUUACAUAUACGUCUGUUAGCAUGGAUGAUUUUGACUUAGAAGUGGAUGAGAUGAAACUAGUUGCCGCUGCUGCUGGUUACUAUUAUUAUAAUAGUGUAACUAGGCAACCUUGCCUUAGUUCAUCUCCCAGUGGAAGUUGUUUCAUGGGUGAAGUGCUGGAGGGUCAUGAUCAUGUGAGUCAUGAGAUGUUUUGGAUGGAUAAACAUGUUUUUCACAGAUUAUGAAACACUCUUCGACAAAGAGGCAUCAGGCAUGUUACAUGACACAUCAGGUGUUAUGAUAGAGGAGCAGCUCGCUAUUUUCUUGAACUUCAUUGGUCAUAACGAGCGAAAUAGAGUAAUCCAAGAAUGGUUUCAGCAUUCUGGUGAAACCAUAAGCCGGCAUUUCAAUAAUGUGUUGAAGGCAGUAAAGUCACUGUUGCGUGAAUUUCUGGAACCACCACCUCUCACCACUCCAACUGAAAUUCUCAAGAGUACUAGAUUCUUCCCGUAUUUCAAGGUUAUUUUCUUCUUUUCUUUUUCUAUCAUUUAUGUGCAUUUUGUUAUGCCAUUCACUCUGCUUCUUUCUGUUCAGGAUUGUAUUGGAUUCAUAGAUGGCAUGCAUAUUCGUGCACAUGUCCAUGCUAAAGACCAAUCACGGUUUCGUAAUCAGAGAGGAUUUUUGUCGCAAAAUGUCCUGGCGGCUUGCACAUUUGACAUGCAGUUCAUAUUUGUUUAUCCGGGCUGGGAAGGCUCUGUUGCAGAUUCACAAGUAUUGAGGGCUGUCCUUGAUGAUCCAGAUCAGAAUUUCCCUCAUGUUCCUGAAGGUAAAUAUUAUGUGGUUGAUAUAUUAUGGGGUACUCAAACAUGGAAGGAUUUAUUGCUCCAUAUCCAGGAGUGCGAUGUCACCUCCAUGAAUAUAAGGGUGCUAAUCAUUCACCUAGAAAUGCAAAGGAGCUGUUUAAUCACCAGCAUUCAUCUCUUAGAAAUGUCAUCCAGAAGUCUUUCAAUGUUCUCAAAGCUCGAUUUCCUAUUCUCAAACUCGCCCUUCGGUAUGCAUUUCAUGUGCAGAGAGACAUUGUCAUAGCUACAUGCGUGCUGCAUAAUUACAUCCGGCGUGAGGAGACAAAUGAUUGGCUGUUUGCUGGUUUUGAAGGGGUGACAGUUGAAGAAUUGCCUGAUAUCGAUGAUCAACAGGAUGUGCAUUUGGCUUCCGCUGUAGAGGAUCAAGUUGCUUCCUCAUUCAAAGCCUUGAACUAUCAAGUUGAACUAGACUUGUCAUGGAUUUGUCCUUGGAAAUUUUAGAGAAGAUUUCACCUUUUGGUCUUUAUUCUUCUAUGUUAUCGAAAGGGGUGGUUGAAUAUACCGUUAUUUUUGUUAAAUACAACAUCAACAAAUUUUGCUUGUAGAGGUUGAGUUUCUAAUUUCUG